AUGGAGCAGUGGCGGCAAUGCGGCCGCUGGCUCAUCGACUGCAGGGUCCUGCCGCCCAACCACCGCGUCGUCUGGCCCUCGGCCGUGGUCUUCGACCUGGCCCAGGCGCUUCGCGACGGCGUCCUGUUGUGCCAGCUGCUGCACAACCUCUGCCCCGGCUCCAUCGACCUCAAGGACGUCAACUUCCGGCCUCAGAUGUCCCAGUUCCUGUGUUUGAAGAAUAUCCGCACCUUCCUGAAAGUCUGCCAUGACAAGUUUGGACUCAGGAACAGCGAGCUGUUUGACCCCUUCGACCUCUUCGAUGUCCGAGACUUCGGGAAGGUCAUCUCUGCCGUGUCAAGACUCUCCCUGCACAACUUGGCUCAGAACAAAGGGAUCAGGCCCUUCCCCUCGGAGGAGACGGCGGAGAAUGAUGAGGACGUGUACCGCAGCCUGGAGGAGCUGGCAGAUGAGCAUGGCGUGGGAGAGGACAUCUAUGACUGCGUCCCGUGCGAGGAUGACGGGGAUGACAUCUACGAGGACAUCAUCAAGGUGGAGGUGCAGCAGCCCAUGAUUAGAUACAUGCAGAAAAUGGGCAUGACGGAGGAUGACAAGAGGAACUGCUGCCUGUUGGAGAUCCAGGAGACGGAGGCCAAGUACUGCCGGACGCUGGAGGACAUCGAGACGAACUACGUGACACCCCUGAGGCUGGUCCUCAGCCCGGCGGACAUGGCGGCCAUCUUCAUCAACCUGGAGGACCUGAUUAAGGUGCAUCACAGCUUCCUGAGGGCUAUCGAUGUGUCCAUGAUGGCAGGCGGCAGCUCGCUGGCCAAGGUCUUCCUGGACUUCAAGGAGAGGCUCCUGAUCUACGGGGAGUACUGCAGUCACAUGGAGCACGCCCAGAACACACUGAACCAGCUCCUGGCCAGCAGGGAGGACUUCAGACAGAAAGUCGAGGAAUGCACCCUGAAGGUCCAAGACGGGAAGUUCAAGCUGCAGGACCUGCUGGUGGUGCCCAUGCAGAGGGUGCUCAAAUACCACCUGCUCCUCAAGGAACUUCUGAGCCAUUCCACCGACCGGCCGGAGAGGCAGCAGCUCAAAGAAGCGCUGGAGGCCAUGCAGGACUUGGCCAUGUACAUAAAUGAAGUUAAACGGGACAAAGAGACCCUGAAGAAAAUCAGCGAAUUUCAGAGCUCUAUAGAAAACUUGCAAGUGAAACUGGAGGAAUUUGGGAGACCGAAGAUCGACGGGGAGCUGAAGGUCCGGUCCAUAGUCAACCACACCAAGCAAGACAGGUACCUGUUCCUGUUUGACAAGGUGGUCAUCGUCUGCAAGAGGAGGGGCUAUAGCUACGAGCUGAAGGAGAUCAUAGAGCUGCUCUUCCACAAGAUGACCGAUGACCCCAUGAACAACAAGGACGUCAAGAAGUCCCAUGGGAAGAUGUGGUCCUACGGCUUCUAUCUCAUUCACUUGCAAGGCAAGCAGGGCUUCCAGUUUUUCUGCAAGACAGAGGACAUGAAGAGGAAAUGGAUGGAGCAGUUUGAGAUGGCCAUGUCAAACAUCAAGCCCGACAAGGCCAACGCCAACCACCAUAGCUUCCAGAUGUACACGUUCGACAAGACCACCAACUGCAAGGCCUGCCGCAUGUUCCUCAGGGGUACUUUCUACCAGGGUUACCUCUGCACCAAGUGUGGCGUCGGGGCGCACAAGGAGUGUCUGGAAGUGACCCCUCCCUGCAAGAUCAGUGACCAGGCCUCUCUUGCCCUGUCCUCCGCAGGUCCCAAGAUGGUGGCCGUGCAGAAUUACCAUGGCAACCCCGCUCCACCCGGGAAGCCGGUGCUGACCUUCCAGACGGGCGAUGUGAUCGAGCUGCUGAGAGGCGACCCCGAGUCUCAGUGGUGGGAGGGUCGGCUGGUGCAGACCAGGAAGUCAGGCUACUUCCCCAGCUCGUCUGUGAAGCCCUGUCCUGUGGAUGGAAGGCCGCCCAUCAGCCGGCCGCUGUCCCGGGAGAUGGAUUACACGGCGUACCCCUGGUUUGCCGGAAAUAUGGAGAGGCAGCAGACCGACAACCUGCUCAAAUCCCACGCCAGCGGGACCUACCUAAUCAGGGAGCGGCCAGCAGAGGCCGAGCGCUUUGCCAUAAGCAUCAAGUUCAACGACGAGGUGAAGCACAUCAAGGUGGUGGAGAAAGACAGCUGGGUCCACAUCACAGAAGCCAAGAAAUUUGAAAGCCUCUUGGAGCUGGUGGAGUACUACCAGUGCCACUCGCUCAAGGAGAGCUUCAAGCAGCUGGACACCACACUCAAGUACCCGUACAAGGCACGGGAACGCACAGCCUCCAGGGCCUGCAGCCGCUCCCCAGCUUCCUGCGCUUCCUACAACUUUUCUUUUCUCAGUCCUCAGGGCCUCGGCCUUGCUUCUCAGGGCUCCUCAGCGCCCUUCUGGUCAGUGUUUACACCCCGUGUCAUCGGCACGGCCGUGGCCAGGUACAACUUCGCUGCCCGCGACCUGCGGGAGCUCUCGCUGCGGGAAGGUGACGUGGUGAAGAUAUACAGCCGCAUCGGCGGGGACCAGGGCUGGUGGAAGGGCGAGACCAAUGGCCGGAUUGGCUGGUUUCCUUCAACAUACGUAGAAGAGGAGGGAGUCCAGUGA